GGCCGCAGCCCAGCGGAGCCAAGCGCAAAAAAAAGAAAAGAAAAAAGAAAGAACGCAGAACCGUCGGGGUCGAGGGAAAGCAGCCCGUUGAAAAGCGGAGCAGUGCUGAGACGGUCGCAGCCCCGGGGAGCGCAGGCGGCGGCCGAGGGGCCUCCUCGCCCGGGACCACCCGGCAUGGCCUUAGCCGACAGCGCCCGGGGGCUCCCCAACGGCGGGGGAGGCGGCGGCGGCGGGGGAGCCCGGAGCGGCGUCCCUCGAGCUCCGACGGCCUCUGAGCUGGCUUCCUCCCCGUCGUCGGGCCCCAUCCCGGAGAUCGUGGAGCUGAACGUGGGCGGACAGGUGUACGUGACCCGGAGAGGGACGGUGCUGUCGGUGCGCGGCUCGCUGCUGUGGCGCCUUUUCUCGCAGCAGGAGGCGACCGACCUGCCCCGCGACGCCAAAGGCCGCUUCUUUCUGGAUCGCGACGGCUUCCUUUUCCGUUACAUCCUGGACUACCUGCGGGAUCAGGAGCUGGUGCUACCGGAGGGUUUCCCGGAGCGCAAUCGUCUGCGCCGCGAAGCCGAAUACUUCCAGCUGCCCGAGCUGGUGCGCCGUCUGGCGGCCUCGGCUUCCUCUCCGGCCCCGCCGCCGUCUCGCUUCGCCGGGAUGCUCCGCGACUCUUCGGUGUGCGCCGACGACCCGCCGGGAGGGCUGGGCUAUUUAGAAGCGGACUUCGCCGAGCCCCCGGCCACGGCUGCCUCGCCAACCUCGGGCCGCAGCCCGUCGGGGGCGCCGCCGAUGCUGGGGGCUUCGCUCUCUCUGGACGCCGGAGGGGCCGUCGCGGGCGGCCGGCGCUCGGGCUACAUCACCAUCGGCUACCGGGGCUCCUACACCAUCGGUCGGGACGCGCAAGCCGACGCCAAAUUCCGACGGGUGGCCCGUAUCACGGUGUGCGGCAAGACGGCGCUGGCUAAAGAAGUCUUCGGCGAGACGUUGAACGAGAGCCGAGACCCGGACCGGCCACCCGAGCGUUACACGGCCCGCUACUACCUCAAGUUCAACUUCUUGGAGCAGGCCUUCGACCGGCUGAGCGAGGCCGGCUUCCGCAUGGCCGCCUGCUCCUCCACCGGGACCUGCGCCUUCGGGCCCGAGCAAGGCGGCCCCGCCGAAGACAAGAUCUGGACCAGCUACACCGAAUACGUCUUCUGCCGGGAGUGAGCGCGCCCGAUGCCCGUCCCCGGGGAGGGGAGGAGGGAUAAAAGGCGGCCGUCUGCGGGGCUGUUGCUGGAGACAGGUCCGGUCCCCACCGGAGAACCCCGCUUUGCCCCGGCCGAGCCUCCCCGGUAACCACGGGCGCCCCUCCCCACUCUUUUCCGGCCUGCCGGCCGUCGGCGCUACCCUCCCCGUCCAGCCAAGCGGCUCUUUCGGCGGCCUUUGGACCAGAACUGCGGACUUCCAUCAGCCUAGCCCCUCGCGCGUCCUGGGGUCUAAAUGGUGUCCCCCUGCCCCAGUUUAAAGCAACCUCCUCCGGACAAGAUUGCCCAGCCGUCCCCCGUGGCGAGGGGAGCCCCUCUGUUCCCAGACGGGGCCCGCUGCUCCCAGGGCGAGUGCGGGGGAGACUCUAGCGGGCGAUGGGGACUCUAAGCUGGCCUCCUAUGCUGAACGUUGCCCCAGCUCGGUUGCUGGCUUCUCCUGUUGACUCCUCUUGGCCGGCGGCUUUGUGGUUGCUGCACCCCGUUCUCCCUCUUCUUCUCCCCCCUCCCGCUUCUUAGGCUACCCCCGGUUGCUUCUUAGCUUUGGGCCAAAGCUACUCGGGAGAACGAGCGAGUGGAGGAGGUGGGAGGACUCCGUUCCGCCGGCAUCCGAGCCCCUUGGCAUUUCCAAACGGCUUUGAAGUAACAUCUCCCGACUGACGCUGCUUGGGAACUCGGAGAGUGGCCCAGCUCUUCGCCCGUCCUAUGUAACCAGAAGGCGAGCUUUGCGCACUGGAUCAGCAGACUGGUGGAGGCUGGGCUGGGGGCUGGGCUGGGGGGAGGGGUGGUCCCCGAUCCGGACUGGCAAAAGCAGACCUCCGUUGGAACUAUCGCGUCCCCCCCCCGCAGGAUUCCGGGGAUUGAAUCCCACCCCCCAGACCGGCUACAGCAGCACGUCCCCGUUUAGGGUUUUGAAAGAACUUGCGGAUGGGGGGAGGGGGCAGGUUGCUGAAAUGGGGUGCUUUCAGAGCGAGGCUGGGGGGCGCCUCCCCAAAGGCAUCCUGGGACACGAGGCUGAACCAUCCCCUUCCUCCUCUCCCUCAGUGUAGAAAUAGGACUCUUGUGCGUGCUUGAGGAGCUGGCUGACGGUGCUACAUCUAAAGAACCCCCUCACCCCAAAAAAAUAUUUCCUCCUCCCAAGAUCAGGAUGCAGAAUUUUAGCUAAAGACAAGCACAACCGCGCGACACCUGCCCCCUCCUUUGAUUUCCUCUUUUUGGCAUUUAUUUAAGCACCAAAGCCACCGCUCUAAAUCAGAUAUUUCUUGCCUAACUCCCAAAUAGGGUACGGGCUGCAAUUUAAUCUCCCAGUAGUCCUUCAAAAUUAGGCUAACGCAUACGGUGUGUUUGAUUCUUGCAUUUGGUAUUACGGACUCGGAUGAGUUAUUCUAACCAAAGAACUCUCCCGUGUUUUAAUUUUCUUUUUCCUCCUUCCCUUUUAACGGCUGUUUGAGGUCAGUGCUUUUUUUAUUUUAUUUUUUUAAGAGCGUGAGAUGAUUUUAAUCCAGGGCUUGCCUAGUAAGAGACUUUAAAAAAAAGGAUCCUGGGGUUUCAGUCUAUAUGCAUAAAGAGACAAGGAGAAAGUAAUUGAGAUUCAGGUUGGUCUCAUUCAUUCCUGGUAUUUUUAUUUCUUAAGGAAUCAGAAAUGCUGGCUUAACUGGCUUGCUUACUAAACCAGAAUCUUUGUAAAACCUUGAUUCCUGGUUUGUUUGCAACAGCAAGCCUGUUUUGUUUCUCUUUCUAGUUUAGGAAGAGACUGGAGGACUCCUAUUUGCUGGACCACAUCAUCCUUUAAAGUGCAUCUCCCUUCAUGAGUGGGAACCUGCUUAGUGACUUAAAAAACAAAUUUUUUAGGAGUCCCACUGGAGCAAAGGUGCUUUUCACACAGCAACGGUUUUUCUUCCGAUUUUUUUUCGUUGAAAAUGUUUUGCUUCUCAUCCAAGAAGUUCCGAACUGGAGAAGCUUCUUGGAUGAGAAGCGAAAUGUUUUCAAAGGGAAAAAAAAACCCCAAACCAGUCCAGUUGCCUUUUGAAAAAACAAAAAGGAUUGAAGGAUUGAGAAUCUCCGUAGACAAAUUUUAGAUGAAGUUUUAUAAAAACCAGUCACAAAUUAUCCAAAUGGUGACACAUUUGAGUCUUGUAGCUUCAUUUAGUGGGAACUGUCUGUAAAUUGGGAAUUGGGGUUAUUUUUCUGGAAUGCAGCAAGGGAGAGUGAGUGAGUAUGGUGUAGGGUCUCCUGCUUGAAGGGUGGGGGGUUGGACUAGAUGACCUAUAAGGUCCCUUCCAACUCUGAAUCUGAAGUGAGUGAGUCAAUGAGUGAGUGAGUGAGAGAGAGAGUAUGGAGAUGAUUUUUUUUUUAAAAAAAGGACAAGCAAUAAACUACUGCAUUGUGGAGAGCUUCCAGAAAAGAAAUUUGUCCCUCUUACUCUAAGCUUUACUCUAAAAUGAUCCCAUUUGUGCAUAUUUCAGCUCUAUUGCAAUUGAGAAGAUAUUGGUUGAAAUUCAGUGUUAAGACACCAUCCCCAAAAAACGGCUGCGAGACUUUUCUAAUACACUCACUCUGAACUAUGUUUUCUAAAUUUUUGUAAACAAUCCAGAUUUCAGUAAGUGCUUCAAUUAGUUCUAAGUUUCUUCUUUUUUUCCCUGUUUUUUUUUAAAAUAAAUCUUGUACUGUACCUUAUUAAGUCUGUCUUGGUAGUCAUGAAUGGAGGUGUUUUGAAUUGAAAUUUUGUGACUUGGUGUGUGUAUAUAAAGUGUAUAAACAUUUUACACGAAUCAUUUAGUUUUUUAUUCAUUUAUUAGUGCUAUUAAAAAAAAAACUUUCAUAUGCUGUAAACUGUACCUGGACAAAAUGCUUUAAUAUGAAAUUGUGUUCCUGUAUCGAUUUAUAUGGGGAAGACUUCAGUAUGAAUAUAAAUGGAAUUAUGAAAAUA